UAUUCUUCUAAAAAUUAAAUUUCGUUGUUUGAAAAGAUGAUGGACUUGCGCCAACUUUACUCCAUGAAAAAGUCGGUAUGCAGGAGUCAGACUCACUGUUUCUCAUCUCACAUGGAUUGUACACUACCUUCCCAACUCUCAAUGCCGCCAUUGUUGGCUUGCGCACUAUUAACGUGUUUGUUACUUCUCCACUUUCCUCCUUUUCCGUUAAUUAUUCUCCUAAUCAAAUAAAUGAAUAAUAUUACCCACUUCAUAUUAUCAAUGCUUCAUUCAAUUUGAUUCUUCAUGUGAAUCAAUUCAAAUAUGACUCUCUCUUCCCUCUUUCCUCCUUUCAGCUUCACCAAGGGUUUGAAACUGGGAAUAUGGUCAAUUUGGUUAUCUGGUUUCCUUUUAAUUUGCUUCUCAUUUUAUGCUACUAAGUUAUUGCCUUCUGUUAAAGUUGAAAUCAGAAAACCCAGUUUUUUGCACCCAACAAAUUUAGCAGAAAAGGGUAGUCCCAGUAUAACCAUUUUCAGUGCUCCAAACCCUUUUAAUGGUUCUGUUGGGAAAAGGCAGGCUCUUGCUGUUCGAUCAUGGCUAGUGUUGUCUCCUAAUAUCAAUGUUGUGCUUUUUGGCAAUGACCCAUCUCUUCAAUCCUUUGCUUCUGCCUUUGGUUCUCGUGUUCUUGUUGAUUCCGACAUCGAUUUUUCAUUCCUAAAUGUUCCAUUCUUCCAUUCCAUGGUUGCUAGAGCAGAGACAUCCUUGUCAGAUAUAUCUGUUCUUAUUCAUCCUGAAACCGUUCUCCUUCCAGACUUUAUAUCCGCUGUAAACCAUGUUCAUGAACUUGAUCAUGAUUGGUUCCUUGUUGCCUCCUCAAAAAGAGGCUCUUUCUUCCCAUUCUUUUUGGAUGAAGCUGGGAGGCGGUGGCUGAGAAAGGAUGGUAAACCUAUUUCAUUGCGGAAGUUGCAGGAGGUUCUUGCUCAGACCUGGAAAUGGGAAUACUGUAAAGGGAGGAUGCUUAUGGCAUGGAAUAACAGGGAUGUCCCUUUGCAUAUGGGGGUUCUCCCUCCCUUCUUAUACGGGAAAGGGCUACAUAAUCAUUGGUUCAUCAAUGAAGUAUACCAUUCCAACUAUAGGUUUGUGUUUGAUGCAAGUUGGACCAUCUCAAAUUUGCAUGUGCAUGAUUUAGAUGAUUAUGAACCCAUUCAAUCUUCUACCUUUCCAGAAUGUGCAAAGAUGGCUUGGGAGUAUAAUGGUAAUCUUCAUCUUGCUGAAUUGUAUGGCCUAUUUUCUUCCCGUGAAGUUAAUUUCUCUGACUUCAUAAAGCUUGUAAAGUGUGGUAAACACUUUAUGUUUACGAACAAAGACCAGAAUGUUGUUUAUUCUCCUGAACAUCUCAGCUCAAGAAGCUUGUGGAAGGGACAGGUUGUCUCCAGGAGGAAAAAUAAAAUAAUCGCUUGUCUUGCUGGUUUCAGCACACCGGCUUGGACUAUAAAUUACUCUAUUCAGAGCAACACAAAUGCUUCAAAGCCCCUACAUCUUCCGUAUAACUUGGAGACACUCCUACCGAUAUUAGCUGAUCAAAGCAAGACUGUGGUGCUUAGUGUUGCCGGAUACAGCUACAAGGACAUGUUAAUGAGUUGGGUGUGCAGAUUGCGCCACCUAAAGAUUAAUAAUUUUCUUGUUUGUGCCCUUGAUGCUGAAACCUAUGAGUUCUCUGUCCUGCAGGGAAUCCCUGUUUUCAGGGAUUCAUUUGCUCCAAGAAACAUCAGUUUCAAUGAUUGUCACUUCGGGACUAAGUGCUUUCAAAAGGUUACCAAGACAAAGUCCAGACUAGUUUUGCAGAUUUUGAAGCUGGGAUACAAUGUACUUCUAAGUGAUGUUGAUGUCUACUGGUUCAGAAACCCAAUACCAUUGCUUCAGACUUUUGGUCCUGCUGUUCUUGCUGCUCAAUCUGAUGAAUACAAUCUAACUGUACCUAUCAACUUACCAAGGCGCUUGAACUCUGGCUUCUAUUUUGCUUGGUCUGAUAGUCCAACCAUUGCUGCCCUGGAGAGAGUGGUGAUGCAUGCUAUGACCACAGAACUCUCUGAGCAGCCAAGUUUCUAUGACACUCUAUGUGGCCUAGAUGGCUCAAAUCGUGUUGGAGAUGAUAGAUGCUGGGAACCCAGGACAAAUCUUACCAUUCAGUUUCUGGACAGAAACCUCUUCCCUAACGGUGCCUACCAAAAUUUGUGGCAGGAAAAAAAUGUUCGAGCAACUUGUGCAAAGAAGGGAUGUUAUGUUCUUCACAACAAUUGGAUUAGUGGGAGAAAAAAGAAGCUAGAACGUCAGGUGCAUUCCAGGCUAUGGGACUACGAUGUUAGCUCAAGAAUGUGUUUGCAUAGAUGGCAAAGAACGAAGGCAGGCGCAUAAAAUAGCAGUUGAAAAUUUUGUUCUUGCACUUAGGUUUUGACAUAUAGCUGCAUAGCAAAUGAACAAGAGCCAGUUCUGUGUGUUCCCAAAAUUGGUUUUGGUGCAUCAUUCUUUCUUUGAAAGAACAUGGGAUUGAUGAACUUUACACUCUCAAAGGGCUAAAACCAAGGUACAUUAGAUUGGUUGCUGAUGCUAUACUCGCCGACCAUGUUUACCAUAAGAUGCUUUGCAUUUUGAGGAGAUAUGCUAAAAGAGCUUGUUUCAUUGUUGGGACUACUAUGGUCAAAUGCAAAAGAGUGAAACUGUGAUGCAGAAAUAGCCAUUAAAUCUUCUCAUGAGGAUUUUUCUUAACUGUGGGACUGGCCAAAUGAUGUCCUAAAGUUGUAUUGAUGAUAACAUAUGGAAUGUCUGAAUAAUUUAAAACGAAUGUCUCUGCUGGAGAAUGUUUCUGGGAAUGAAAGAUUCUGGCCAGUUCGAAGGAUAUAUGAAAGGUUGUUAAUGUUUUGACAUGUCUCUCAGCUGCUUUUGACACAGUGCUUAAUGCUUUGACUUGAGUGACUUCUACAGAUCAUCCAAUAUGUUCUGGUAUGUCAUCCUUCGAGUAAAGCUGUAAUCAUUGUUUGUUUACAAUGCUUUUGCAUUCAAUGUAUGUGAGUCUUAGAGGCUAUGCACUUACAUGUCUAGUCAGCAUAACUUUUCUGUCAUAUCAUGUAUGCUGUUGAGCAAUUACCUGUUCUUCUAUCUUCUUUCGUUUUUGUAUAUUCUUGUAUGUGGGAGUUCAUUGGUUGCAUCACUUGGUGUUUGUUUAAAUACUGAAGAUACUACAAGACAUAUGAUUCAAGUUUCUAUAUCUGAACAAAAUUACUAGCUA